CUUUCUACAAACCUUCUAAUCUAACCCCUUUGCAUCUCAUUUCAUCCAGCAUCCUUGCAAUGACAACUGAAACAAUCACUAACACUCAUGCCUCACUUUAUCAAGAAUCUGAAGACUUUUCAUUUCCUACACUCCCACCAUUUCCGGCCGACAUCCCAACCGCCCCUCUCCUUCGCCUAUCCCUCUCCUCUCUCCGCUCCUCCUCAGAAGAAUCAGGCCGCUUCUUUACUGCAUCCAAAGAACUAGGUUUCUUCUAUCUCGAUCUCCGCAACGAUCCUCUAGGGGAGGAACUACUCUCCCAGUCCUCCAGAUUCUUCGACCUCGCACCAAAGUUCUAUAAGCUGGGCAGAGAAGAACUGAGUAAAUAUGACUACAAGAAUGUGGGUAGUUAUAUGGGGUAUAAAGGUUUCGGAUCCGCGGUUGUAGAUGAGAAGGGAAACUUGGAUCGGAAUGAAUUUUACAAUAUUCCAAAAGACGACUUUUUCGGCAUCUCCGAAAAGCCAUUCACGCAUCCUGAUAUUCUGUACCAAAAUACUGACUUAAUAAAAUCAUACAUCAAUAACUCCCACGCCCUCAUCACUCUCCUCCUCAAUCAUCUCAACACCCAUCUUCAGCUUCCCGAAGGAACACUCCAGUCUCUGCACCGCCUGAACGAACCAUCAGGCGACCAAAUCCGCAUAAUCAAAUCACCACCCCAACCACCGUCAGACCAACACACAGCACUAGGAAAACACACCGACUUCGGCUCCCUAACUCUCCUCUUUAACCAACUUGGUGGCCUUCAAAUCUUGCCUCCACCGUCUCUUACUCCUGCGGGCAAAGAACCGGAAUGGACUUAUGUAAAGCCAUUGAGAGGGCAUUGCAUCAUCAAUCUCGGAGACGCGAUGACGAAGUUUACGGGCGGAUUGCUGAGAAGCAAUAUCCAUAGGGUGGUCAGCCCACCUGGGGAGCAGGCGGAGGAGACCAGGUAUAGUGUUGUUUAUUUCUCAAGGCCAGAGGAUGAGGUUGUGUUGAAGAGGCUGGAGGGAGGUGUUAUUCCGAAUGGGCAGGAUGAUGGAGAGGCGAUGAAUAGCAAGGAGUGGAUUAAGUUGCAGGCUUUGAGGUUGAGAAAAGUAGGAGUGGAGAAGAGUGAAGAGGAAAGAAGGAGGCUUUGGGAAGAGACUGGGAGAGGAAGUUGAGUUGGGCGAGCUUGGAUAAACCGUAAAGAAUUAUCUAUAAGCCUACGGGCUCCUAUUACUGAGAAAUCUUCUCCCC